GCAAGAGCUGUUUUGGCAAAAGUUGGCUAUCCAGAGUUUAUAAUGAAUGAUACUCAUGUUAAUGAAGACCUCAAGGCAAUCAAAUUUUCAGAAUCGGACUACUUUGGCAAUGUACUGCAGACCCGCAAGUAUUUAGCACAGUCUGAUUUCUUCUGGCUAAGAAAAGCUGUUCCUAAAACAGAGUGGUUUACAAACCCAACAACAGUCAAUGCCUUUUACAGUGCAUCUACCAACCAGAUACGAUUUCCAGCUGGUGAGCUGCAGAAGCCUUUCUUUUGGGGAACAGAAUACCCUCGGUGA